UUGUGUUUGUUGUGCUUUCAGCUUUCUUAAACCUUACGUUUCUGUUUGCCUGUUUUAAUGUUCCCGAGAGUUUAUCGUUUGUUACUUUUAUUUGGAGAAAGUUACUACUCGUAGUGAAACAUUGUUUGACAGUUCUGUUCUUUGUUGGAUCUGAAAUCCGUUAAAUCCGCCUGCAGCGAAGGCUAUCCCAACACUGCGAAUCCAUCGUCAGUCUGCAGUACCACUAGUCACUAGACCAUUACAGCAUCCUGUAGUAUUUUCCCCACACGCGGGAUGUUUCGCUCCCUCUGGAGAUACCUGUCCAGCCUCGGCGGCAUGUCCACCACCCCCGGACCCGACACCCCCCUGCGCCGUCUGGUGUGGGAGGCCUACGCGCUCUUCUCCCACCCGCCUUCAUUCCAGACCCUCGACAACCCCGCCUUCCGCACGGCCUUCCAGGCGCUGCAAUCCUCCCUGGCGCAACUGCAGCUGGGGGACCUGGGGCUGGAUGAGGGGCGCUUGGAGGCCUGGCGGGAUAAGGGGCGCGCCCCCGUCCUGUAUAUGUCGGUCGUGGAUGCCGAGGCCACGGAGAAGGCGGCACCCCCGCAGCCCCAUCCGCCUCCCAAUAGUCCCGCUCCGGCUGCCAAGGAUCCGGCCAACGUGAUGACGGUGGCGGCCUUCAUCGUCAAACCGGGCGCCCGUCUGCCGCUGCACAACCACCCCAAGAUGUACGGGAUCCUGCGCGUCCUCCACGGCCAGCUGACCGUGCAGACCUACUCCUCCGUGGGCCCUUUAACCUCCCGCCCCGGUGCGGACAACACCCCGGCCGGUCUGCUGGCCAGGAAAGGUCCGAUGCAGGUGGUCACCCCGGCCUGUGCGCCGUUGGUGCUCAGUCGGCACAACGACGACAUCCACGAGAUCACCAACGACACGCCGACGAUGGCCAUCUUCCUCGACGUCCUGGCGCCGCCGUAUGACUUCAGGAAGUGUGAUCCGGACGAUGACGACUGCAACAAGGGUCAUCGCGAAAUUAGUUUCUACCAGGAAAAAGGACCGGCCUCACCGGACGAUCUGACAGCAGCCCGGCAGGCGGACGGCCGCGACUACGUGAUUCUGGAGGAGAUCCCGUGUCCGGACUCCUUCACCACGGACCACGUGGACUACAGCGGGCCCUCCCUGCUGUAGCCGGCCGCACGCGUCCGUCCUUCUGUGGCUGCUCAGACGACGACCAUUCGGCUAUGUAUUUUAUCUCCUGGAGUUUGUUUUGGCUGCAGUUGGUCUUCCGUGUACAUACCGUGUAACGUGCUUUUGUUGGUUGUGGCUGGCGGGUGUGGCAUUCCGUUGAUUUGUAUUGUUGUAACAUCGAGUCAUCGACUGCUGCUUUUUUAUUGAUGGAAAUAAUUACGUUUGUGGGAUGAAAAUUUGUCGUACUUCCGGACAGUUUCGCUUAAACACUCUGCUGUAGAUUUUGUAUCAGUUUGCUUUUUGUACAUAGAAUCAUAGGAACGAGCAUGUUUUGUACAUAUAUAGGGACACUAUUUAACAUUCAUUGCUUGAUUAAAGCGUUUGAUAUAGAAGUAC